AUGGAAUGCUUGUCACUCCCCCAGUUUUUCAACCAUGUGGUUGAUCAUAAACACAGUUUAAAUGUCUCUACAUUGCGAGAUUUUUUGUUUAAUAAUUUGUUAGAUUUUUUUUUAUAAAUUUCCUAACCUGUGCAUUUACAAACUGCAGUCAGCAUGUCUGUGUCCGAAGAGAUUAAUUUUCAAACCCAGAUUGCGUCUGUUUUGGAUUCACUUGCAAAGGUGGCCGUCGUUGAAAUAACAAAACUAUUCGAGAGUCGAUUGCUUGCUUCGGGAGCCACCAUUCUCAUUGAAAGGCAGACGGAACUAAAUGAAACACUUCUAUCCGUGGAGACGGUAAAGAAACAUGCCAACAAAGGUGUUCGCAGUAUUGGAAUUCAAGUAGAUGAGACGACGACGUCCUCAGAGUUACCAGAUUUAAGACGGUACUCGUCCUUGGGUGGGGGUAGUGAUUCUUUGUAUAUGAGCAAAGAAAAGUGUUCUGAAGCACGUUACGUCCCUCUGCUGGAGACUAAAACAUCUGCUGACAUCAAGUUCCCUUUUCUAGAAGAGGAUGUGGAGGAGGACAGUCUAGGGCCAGACUCUCCAACAAACACUGAGCCAGAAGGAAAACAAGUCAUCUGUACUGCCUCUGUGGAUUCAAGCCACCUUUCAAGUUCUGUUCAAAGUUCCACAACUGAGCUGAAACACCAGCCCCUUAAGACUGAACCACAUGAUGGACUCGACACAGAAAGCCUGACUAAAGUCUGCCUAAUCGUUUCAAAGGCAGAGGAGCAGGAUUCAACACCACAGCCAGAAUGUAUAGAAACGCUUGUCCAGGUGGAGCCUCAGCAAGCCAGUGUGAGCACUGCCAAGGGCAAAGCCUACAGCCCCUCUUCCUCAGAUGGGGCUUUGGCUCCUAUACAGGCUGGUAGUAAAGUACAGUCUAUUGAUGUACGGAACCCUUCCUCUAUGAUAAUGAAGAAAAAGAAGGUGGCCUUCAAGUUGGGGAAGAAGAAGAAAAGGAAGGUGGCUCUUAAGGUGGACCAGACCCGCAAGGAGCAAAAAUUGACAAGACCCUGUUCAGUACAGCUGGUGAACCUUUUAUUGGAUCCUAGAGGGAAGAGGCCCAGCACUGGCUACUGUAACAACAGCAAGAAGUGUCCCAUGCCAAAGGACCUCAAGACCCACCAGGGCCUCCACACGGGCAGACGUCUCUGCUGCUUCACUCAAUGUGGAAACGGCGUCUGGCGGCUUCAGGGCGUCCUCUCCCCGAGCCGCGCCCAUGCCUGCAAGAUCUGCGGGAAGAGAUUCAAGCGCAGGAAGAUUCUAAGGAGACAUGAGCGCUUCCACACUGGAGAAAAGCCGUACUCGUGUUCCCAGUGCUCCAAGAUGUUCGCCCUGCGGAAAAGCCUCCGCAGACACGAGAGGUUCCACACAGGGGACAAGCCUCACCGCUGCACCCAGUGUGGGAAAAGCUUCCGGCUCAGGGACAAUCUGAAGGCUCACCUGCGGUUUCACACUGGCGAGAGACCUUUUACCUGCUCCCUCUGUUCAAAGAGUUUCAGAAUCCUCCGUAACCUUGAGCAACAUAGCGUUGUUGUUCACUCUGAUGCGACCGUGAAAUAGCUAACUUGCAAGAGAAACAGGACAAUGCCAAAGCAUCAGUGCUAAUCAGCCUUCAUUGGCUGGUUAUGUAGGCCGCAUUACAAAACUGUUCUACCUCUAAGUCAAACUACUAAAUAUCAUUCCUCAUUUUAAAUAGUGUUAUGGUUGUAAAUAACAGUUAUGACUUAAGAUGGGGACAGUGGAAAUAUCUGAAAGGUGACGGUCAAUAAUUCUGCAUGGAUUUGGAAUAUCUAGAAUGAUCAUAUACGGUGUCCUCUAAUUAUUGGGACAGUGAAGCGUUUUUCUUCUUUUGGCUCUGUAUUCCAAAAGUUUGUAUUAAAAAUCAAACAUUUGCUAUGAGGUUGAAGUAUAGAUUCUCACCUUUAUUUGAUGGAAUUUCAUUCCUAAAAAUGAAAACAUUACAAAAACCUACCUCAAAAAGGUCACUCCCAUAUAAUAAUAUGGUUGAGCCCUAAAGGCCAGCUUGUUUUUCUGCUGUUAUGUGCUGUGCUCAACACCCUGAGUGAUAAACAGGCCAAGAGAAAAGUUUAAAAAUAAAAUAAAAAAUCCUGCAGAUCCACAGCAUGUCACACAUCUGUGAAAUAUGGGGCAGUCAAUGGGUUACAGACCUCAGGUUAUUGCAUACAAAGGAUAUGUGACAAGAUCCUAAACAAAUGUCCACAAUUUUGACCUUAUAAUAAGCUGCCCUAAAACUUUUGACACUCUGAAAUAGGGUGCCUGUGUAUAAAGUGUUUUUUCCCCUAAAUGGUGAAACCAGUAUGUACACAACACUUGAAUAAAAGCUAUGAAUCUAUGUCAUGCUAAUUGUUUGAGUUCACAUCCAGAUGUUUAAAGUCUAGGUCCAAAAGAAGAAGAAAAUGUUUUGCUGUCACAAUAAUGAACAGGUUAUUGUAAGCUUCAGUGGACACUGAUGUUAUAGACAACCUAGAUUCAUAGCCAGUCACAGUGUUUUAGUAUGAGACGUGUAGGAGUUGUUGCUAAUUGAGUGGACAUGAGUGAGAGAAAAAAAGCCAUGCAUUGCAGAACCAAUCCAGUGUCUUUGGGGCCGGUCUUCAUAAUGGAGCAGUACAAGUCUGUGUUGCCAGAACAUAAAGGGCGUAGGUUUUGAAAGCAGUGGGUUUAAGGCUUGUCAUUGCUCAUUGCAGAUGGGCUCUUAGCGACUCUUGAAAAUAACGGACAGUGCACCAUCAUAGUUGGGGCGGCUGGAGAUCUCGAAAGUCUUCUAUUGUGAGACUUGAUGGCCAUAAUGUCCCAAUACAGUAAGCCUAGUUCUAACCCAAAUAGUUCUUUCAAUUAAUAUUUUUCAUUGAGCAUGCUGGACUAGGCUAUGUCUUUCAAAAUGUAAAAAAUAUAAGAUGUUUAUUUUGGGUUCCAACCAUGUGAUGACUAAUUGUUCCUUUGUGUAUGUUUGUUUAUAUAAGUAGAUUUUAAGGUGGGUGUGACAUUUGUAUGAUGUUUUGUACUUUUUAUCGCUUUUAUUAAAUCAUUAUUACAAGUACUAUUGUAACACUGUAAAACUUUCUCUUGGCUAAGCUAUGGUCUCAUGUCCUUUCGGAAAGCACAUUCCUUUUCCCUGUGUCAAGGAAGUAGAGGCGCUUUCUCUGAAGCACAUGAUUACUUGAAAAUGAAAAUAAUUGGGAAGUAUGAUUUAGCCUGUUAUUCUGCAUCUUUAAAUGUCUGUAGAGAAGUUAAUUCAUUGUAGCUGAUGUCUCUGGCUUGGAAUUUUCUGAAGAUAUUAUACAAAUAUUACUAGAUUGCUUUUUUGCAAACUUUUUUACCAAUUAUGCAGUAAUGUGUUCCAAAUAAAAAUAUAUAUUUUUACUGGAGAGUGCUUUUCUGUAAUCUUGUAUGCCAAAGAUAACGUGCACCUUUAUAAAAGACCAAUCAAAUGACGUAAGUUUUAUAGAUGUUGGUAAUGUAAUAGUCUUCUGGGAAUUCCUGAUUGCAAUCAUCCAUCUUGGUUGUGUCUGGCAAUAAAA